AUGAACCAUCAGACUUUGAGAUGCGCAGAGAGAUACUUCUUAACUAAGACUACCCCUGUUUCACAAUCAUCACCAUCGCUAUUGCCCCGCCACCAGAACAGCUUCAUCCCUUUUGAUUUAAGCUCUUCCAGAAGCUAUAGCAAUGAGGAACAACAGAACCCUUCUCGGAGUUCUAACCGUCAGCGGCGGAGCCUCCUCUGUUCGUCCAAAGCUGCAAACGCAGAGGUUAUCAAUGGGAGGUCAGUGGUAGAAAACGAAGAAAUAAUGGACGCAGAGGAAGCGGCGUUGGUGAUUUGUAGUUGCAUCACAAAAGUCUUGCCACCAGCAUUGACUCUUGAAGAAGGGUUGAACAAGAUUGAUGAAGCUAUCCAACACUUGAAAUCUAUGGGGCCUCCAUCCUCUUCCCGUGGAAUGUAUAGCUUCCAGGUUACGGUUCCCCCAAGUUCGAAAUCGUUAAACUGGUUCUGCUCUCAACCGGAGUCCGAUGGAGUCUUUCCCCAAUUUUACAUGUCAAAUGAGAAAGAUAAUCCAACCUACAAAACUCUGGCUCUGGGAAGAAACCGUGGGGUUUUCGGCAUCGGUUCCGCACUCUACUUCAAUUGCCGCUACGCAAAUGGAUCGGAGAAUGGCAUUACGUCAACUCGAAGAUAUUUACCGGUAGAAUCAAAUGUCCCGAGGGUUUAUGGCAUUCUCGAUACCAGAUAUGAUAAGACAUCUUCAUCGGUAGAACAUGAGCCCGGUUCAUUUUAUCUCUUUAUCCCACAGAUUGAGUUGAACGAGUUCAAUGACACAACCAUCUUGGUCGGCACUCUGGCGUGGAACGAUUCAUCCUCUCGUUCCUUUGAAGAAGCCAUUCAAUCAUUUGAUUUUUCCCUCCAUCAGGCUAGACAAAAUAUUUGGGCUUCCACAGAAGAACGUAGCAAAAAUUUCAUCUCUUCUGCUGCUCGGAAGUUCAAUAUGGUGGAAGAUAAGAGUAGCCAAAUGGUAUGUCUGAAUUCUCUUCGGCUCAGAGGAAGUAUUCUUCAGGCUGAUGCUAAUGAACUAGCAUCUGAUCUAUCCUGUCAAUUCUCUGCGAGGUUUUCUCCUACGAUGGCAAUUGCCAAUAACAUGUAUCAGAGUGAUCCUUACAAUCUUUCAAGCUACUUAAAACAAGAUUGCCCCAAUAUGAAUACCUUAUGGGCUUCUCUUAUUGUAGAAGAAUGUGUUCGCCUUGGAGUAACAUACUUUUGUAUAGCUCCAGGGUCAAGAUCAUCUCCUCUGACAAUUGCUGCUUCUUCCCAUCCCCUUACAACAUGUGUUGUGUGCAUCGACGAGCGGUCUCUUACCUUUAAUGCGCUUGGUUAUGCAAGAGGUUCGUACAGACCGGCAGCAGUUAUAACAACAUCAGGCACAGCAGUUUCAAAUCUUCUAUCUGCUGUUGUGGAGGCCAGCGAAGAUUUUGUGCCGCUCCUAUUACUUACAGCUGACCGACCUCCGGAGUUACUUGAUGCUGGAGCCAAUCAAGCAAUUAAUCAGGUCAAUCAUUUUGGCCAGUUCACGAAGCAUUUUUUUGGUCUUCCAGUUCCCACAGAUGAUAUUUCUUCACAAAUGGUCCUUACUACUCUUGAUUCUGCUGUUUAUUUGUCGACUACAUCACCCUAUGGUCCUAUCCACAUCAAUUGUCCUUUCCGAGAACCAUUGGGCAACAUCCCCACCACAUGGGAGAGGAAAUGUUUAAAGGGAUUGGAAAAAUGGAUGCUAUCAUCAGAACCGUUCACUGCUUACUCCCAACUGCCACAUUCUAUUUUUUCUAAUCGGUCUCAUGGAAUUAUGACGGAAGUAAUCAAAUUGAUUCAAGGAGCAAAGAGAGGAAUUUUGGUUCUUGGCGCUCUUCAUACUGAAGAUGACGUGUGGGCAGCUCUUCUCCUUGCUAAACAUCUGGGUUGGCCGGUUGUUGCUACCAUCUUGUCUGGAUUAAGAUUAAGGAAAUAUGUGACUUCCUUUUCUGAAAUUGACGAGAAUAUCAUAUUCUUAGAUCACCUUGAUCACGUACUCUUCUCAGAUGCUGUCAAGGAUUGGAUGCAGGCUGAUGUGAUAGUCCAGAUUGGUGGGCGAAUAACAAGCAAACGGAUUUCACAGAUGAUCGACAGUUGCUUUCCUUGCUCCUAUAUAAUGGUUGACAAGCAUCCAAUGCGCCAUGAUCCUUCUCACACGAUGACACAUAGGAUUCAGAGUACCAUUACGGAGUUUGCAGAUUCUGUUACUAAAGCUUGUAUUCCCGGUGACAACAGCAAAUGGAAAGCAUAUUUACGAGUUUUGAACUCAAUGGCUGCCCGAGAAAUAUCUUCUGUGAUUGGUUCUGAACAGUCCUUGACCGAACCCUAUAUUGCACGCAUUGCAUUGGAAAAUCUUGAAUGUGAAUCAGCUAUUUUUCUCGGGAACAGCAUGCCAAUACGUGAUGCAGACAACUUUGGAUAUAGGUGGGCAAAAUGCAAUCAUAAAACUCCUGAGAUGCUGAACUCAGGAUUCCAGUGCCAUGGGAUCCAGGUUGCGGGCAAUAGAGGAACCGGAGGUAUUGAUGGGUUGACCAGUACAGCUGUUGGAUUUGCAGUUGGUUGCAACAAAAGAGUGCUGCUUCUUAUUGGGGAUGUUUCGUUUCUGUAUGAUACGAAUGGACUUUCACUACUGAGACAAGGGGUGUCUCGGAAGCCAAUGGUUGUAAUUGUUGUGAACAAUCAGGGUGGCGCCAUCUUCAGUCUUCUUCCAUAUGCAAGUUCCACUGACCAAAAGAUCAUGAAUCAGUUUUUUUACACAUCUCAUAAUGUCGAGAUUGGUAACUUAUGCAUGGCACAUGGUGUGAAGCAUGUACAAGUUAAGACACAAAAGGAUCUGCAGGAAGCUUUGAUAACCUCCCAACAGGAAGAGACUGAUUGUGUUAUUGAAGUUAAAAGUUUCAUUGAUAGCAAUGCUAACUUUCACGGUCGUUUGAGCAAAUUCGUUCGUCAGGCUGUGGAUCAUUCUUUUGAUGUUUUGUCCAAGCAUUCAGUGUCUGAUGUAUCAUCAAGUGAAUUUUCAACCAUGAGGAUAUCAAAGAUGGAGUUCUCCAAAUACAGGAUUCCGCUAGCUGCUCCACCUACUUCAUCUUCUGUGGGUAAUUUCUCUUCUGUAUGCUAUAGAGAAGGAUUUGUAAUACGUGUAUCUCUUGAAGGAGGAGCCACUGGAUUUGGAGAGGUUGCACCUAUUGAAAUCCUUGAAGAAAACCUAGUGGGCGUGGAAGACCAACUUCAGUUCCUGACUCAUGCUAUUGAAGGAGGAGAAAUCACUGACUUUAUUCCACUGCUGAAUGGCUCCGUUGCAUCCUGGAUACGUAACUGUUUAGGAAUAUCGCCAGAUUCACUCUUUCCUAGCGUCAGAUGUGGCUUAGAGAUGGCUAUCCUUAAUGCCAUUGCAGCAAGCAAAAGAUCUUCUUUACUAAACCUACUCUAUCCAAGGGCAGAAGAUUUGCCUACAAAGAGUUCACACGUCAAAGUCUGCGGCCUCAUCGACUCGAUCGGUAGUCCAAAUGAUAUGGCUUCUGCAGCAGCUGCUCUUGUCGAAGAGGGUUUUACUGCUAUCAAAAUAAAGGUGGGGCGUAGGACCAACCCCAUUGAGGAUGUAAUGGUCAUACAAGAAAUAAGGAGAAAAGUGGGGAAUGAUGUUGAAUUGCGAGCUGAUGCCAACCGAAGUUGGACCUUUUCUGAAGCAGUUGAAUUUGCUAAUUUGGUGAAAAGCUGCAACCUGCAAUAUGUCGAGGAGCCUAUUAGGGACGCAGAUGAUAUUGUGAAGUUUUGUGAAGAGACUGGCUUGCCUGUGGCACUGGAUGAGACUAUCAAUAAUACAAGAGUAGAUCCAGUAGAAGUACUCAAGAAGUACACCCACUCAGGAAUCGUGGCGGUGGUAAUGAAACCAAGCAUGAUUGGUGGUUUUGAAAAAGCAGCGUCGGUUGCAAGGUGGGCUCAGCAGCAAGGGAAAAUGGCUGUUGUUAGUUCUACAUUUGAGAGCGGCUUGGGCUUGUCAUCCUAUGUUCAAUUCUCAAGCUUUAUUGAACUCCAAAAUGCAGAAAUAUGCAGUGUGCUAAAAAAGGAAUCACCAGUUUGCGUAGCUCAGGGUCUUGGGACCUACAAGUGGCUUAAAGAAGAUGUGAGUGCAGAGGCUUCAGGUAUCUGUCUUGAUUCAGAUAACGGGUUUGCUGGGGCUUCCAUUGUCGACACUGGCCGAUCCUUGCAGAGGUUCCAAAUCAAUCAAAAUGUGAUUGUUAAAACUUAUGCUGAAGAAGUGAUACAUGAAUAUCAGUUGCCUGUCGAUUUGGAGGGGACCACCUACUCUCUCAAUGUGGUCGAGAUGGGGAAAGAUGUUGAUGGCCCUGUCCUUCUGUUUCUUCAUGGAUUUCUUGGAAGUGGUGAAGAUUGGGUACCAACUAUGAGGUCACUAUCAAAAUCAGUGAGAUGCAUAGCAAUUGACCUUCCUGGUCACGGUAAAUCUAGCUCAAAAUAUCAGAGUAGUAAUGGUUCCAGUAAACAGCCUCGUUUGUCAGUUGAGAAUGUUGCUGGUAUGUUGUGUAAAUUGCUACCUAAGAUAACUGCUGAGAAGGUGAUUUUGGUUGGAUACUCCAUGGGAGCAAGGAUUUCCUUAAACAUUGCCCUGAAAAGUGCUGAUAAGGUUGAAGGAGCUGUUAUCAUUUCUGGAAGCCCGGGACUGGAAAAUCCAGGUGCCAGAUUGGUUCGUCAAGUUAAAGAUGAUUUUAGAGCCAGCUCCCUUGUUUCUUAUGGCCUUGAGAACUUUUUAGAUUCCUGGUACACUCAAGAGAUGUGGAACAGCUUAAGGAGUCAUCCUCAUUUCAGCAAAAUCGUUACAAACAGGAUGCAGCAUGGCAACUUGCAUACUCUGGCAAGAGUUCUGUCUGAUUCAAGUAUCGGGAGACAGCAACCGUUGUGGGAAGACCUGAAGCAGUGCAGUGUACCACUUCUGCUUGUUGUUGGUGAUCAAGAUACAAAGUUUAAGAAUAUUGCCAGGGAGAUGCUUCACAAGAUGAGCCACAAUACUAGGACAGAAGCUAGUCCAUCAAUAGCGGAAAUUCCAAAUGCUGGACAUGCUGUGCAUGUUGAGAAUCCCCUCCCAGUAAUAUAUGCCAUCAGGAAGUUUUUGAACAGAGUCAAAAACUUGCCAUCCCUUCAAUUAGAUAAUGGAGUUGCAGAUAGUGAAGAUGUUCCCCUUGUCAAUCAAUAG